GAGGAGGAGGAUGACGAAACGGAAACUCAGACAAGAGACAACAGGAAUCCUGCCACAGAACUGGACUCGGGGAGAGUAGAGGAUGGAGAAAACGGAGAUGAAGACGAGGGUGGUGAUGCAGAUGGGUGUGACAUAAGCCAUUCAUUGCAAUUGAACAAGAAACCUCCGAAGAGUUAUUCUUGCUCGGUCUGUGGGAAGGUUUAUACAUACCUAGUUUCAUUCAGAAAACACCAACGGCUGCAUGACAACAAGCCAGCUAUGGCAAAAAGUGACCAAAAUGUCUCAAAUUUGCAUAAAUACGAGUGUCCAGACUGCGGGAUGUUAUUUAUCCGGCGAGCGCGGUUACUCGGUCACCUGAGAGUUCACAGGUCACAUGAAUCAUCCAGUUCAAAACCUCCCAGAUGUGAUCAGUGUAAUAAAAACUUCACUUCCGAAGACUCGUGGAUGGCUCAUGUUGAUCUCCACAAACAGAAACCGUUUUGGUGUUUAAGUUGCGCCAAAGGCUUUUCAGACGAGGCGUCGCUAGAUAAACACCUGCAGAAUCACAGUCUGAAGAAACAUACGUGCAAUAUUUGUCACAAGAGCUUCCACGUGACCGCGCAGCUUAAGCAUCACUACAACACCCACACUGGAGCGAAGCCUUACCAGUGCACAGUUUGUGGGAAGAACUUUUCUUUUCCCGGAAAUCUAAUUUCACACCGAAAAAAGCAUCAUGCUGGAUCCAACGGGAUGCCUGUAGGCCUCAAGAAUUCUGCCAUUAUUGGAAAGAAGAGACUUAUUAAAAAGAAGAGACUUAUUCUCACCAGUGUGAAAGAGGAGCCAGAAAUGGAUAUAAACAUUGAAGAGCUGCCAGCAAAGAAAGAACGUGGGGAGGAAAGUGACACUCAAAAGCCAUGUGAGGAUGCUGAGUUCGGGGAUUAUGCAAACUCCGAAGAGUCGGAUUGUGGAGAGCCUGUGCAUUACUUCAAUUACUUCAAGCCUUCAAAACCACCUGGCCCGGCUGGAUCGGAUCCACCCCAUGAACUGAAAUCAGAAAUUAUGCCGCCACAAGCAGGACAGGGGCCGGAUGAGAGCGAGUCACAGGAAACAAACAUGCACAGAGUGCAUAAGUAUUGGGAAUGGGAGUGUUGUGAAUGCGAUAUGGGCUUUGAUGAAGUGGCAAAGCUGCAUUUGCAUUAUAUAAAACAUGCUACUGGGGAGCUGCCUAUACCACAGGAUGAUAUUGAGGGUUGAAGGCAUUCAACCCGCAAUACUGGUGCCUUUCUUUUAUUACUGUUAAAGAGGUUUACAAAACGUUAAUGAUUGUUGAUGAAUUUGUAUCUAGUGUGUGUAAACUUACUGUUACUGUGUUACACUACUUAAAGACAAAUAUCCCCUGAGAUUGAUAUGAGUAUCUACAAUAGAGUAAUGUCUGAUGCUAUGAGAUUCUACAGUUUAUGAUGUAUUUGAUGUAUAAGCUAUGCAUUGUAAAAUGUUGUGAACCAAGGGGAAAAACUGAGAAAAUACAAAAGUUGUAAAGCAUCCUACCUCUGCUUGUGAAACCAAAUCAAAUUAAAUAAAUUCAAAAUGUU